GUUGGGUGUGCCGUGGUGCGGUCUAUAAGAAAAACCGGCCCCCUCGCCCUUCCAUCGGAGCUCUCUCUCUCUAAUCGCAGUUUGAUAUUUUUUUGUCGCUGUGAAUAGUUUCCGUGUUCUUCAAAAUGUCCACCGAGCUUGCUUGCGUCUACGCUUCCCUCAUCCUCCACGACAGCGGUCUUGAGGUCACCGCCGACAAGAUCGUCGACCUGACCACCGCUGCUGGUGUCACCAUUGAGCCUAUCUGGGCCACCCUUUUCGCCUCCGCCCUCCAGGGCCACAACGUCACUGAUCUCCUGUCCGCUGCCGGUUCCGUCGGUGGUGGUGCUGCCGCUGCCCCCGUCGCUGCCGCCGGUGGUGCCGCUGCCGCCGCUGAGGAGAAGAAGGAGGAGAAGGUCGAGUCCGACGAGUCCGAUGAGGAUAUGGGCUUCGGUCUCUUCGACUAAAUCUCUCUGCCGAGUUAUUCCAGUGUCUGCGUCCUUCGCUUCCCGCCACCAGCGGCCUAGCAACACCUUGCUGUUGUUGUCAACGGUGCCGGUGCCGACUGCCGUCUAGUGCCCUUGAUACCUCUACAUUGGCGUGUGCACGCACUGGAGUGCGCCGCUCUCUGCCACUCAAGUCAAUACAGAUGAUUUCUUACGAA